AGUUGUCUCUCCUAGAUGGCGUUAAUGCCGGCAAAAUUAACGUCAAAAAUCUGCUACAGCCGGCGAUUCAGUUUCAGUCAGGUUGCUGUGGACACCGAUUUGCUUAAACGAUACAUGUGCAUUCCAUUUGUCUUUUGGAUUUAUUUUACCAAACAUAAACCACGUUUUCCAGGAGAUGAUGGUGAGGAUGCACACGGCCACGGGCAUGAUCACGGUGAUGCCCAUAAUGAAGAGGACAUGGAAAGUCUCGCUGGUCCUGUUCGUGAUUUCGGUUUGCAUGGCAGACACGAAGACUCCCACGCCGGUGAAGAUGAAGUGGCAAGAGAGCUACGCGAAAAGGUUCGUGUGCUGUGUUGGGUCAUGACGGGCCCAAAGAACCACGAGAAAAAGGCGAUUCAUGUUAAGCGCACUUGGGGCAAACGCUGCAACAUACUCGUAUUCAUGAGCUCGGUGAAAGACGAGUCGUUGCCUUCGGUGGCGUUACCUGUCGGAGAGGGUCGUGAAAAUCUCUGGGGGAAAACUCGCGAAGCAUACCGUCACGUUUGGGAAAACUACCGAGACAAAGCUGAUUGGUUUAUGAAAGCCGAUGAUGACACUUAUGUGGUGCUGGAGAAUCUCCGCUACAUGUUGUCACCCUACAAUGCUUCGGAGCCCAUUGCAUUCGGCCAUAAAUUUAAACCCUUCGUCAAACAAGGAUAUUUCAGCGGUGGCGCUGGAUAUGUUUUAAGUAAAGAAGCCACUAGGAGAUUUGUCGAAGAAGGAUUGACGGAUUCGAAAAAGUGCAGAAAAGACCCUGGAGGUGCUGAAGAUGUCGAAAUGGGUAAAUGCCUAGCCAAUCUAAACAUAAAAGCUGGUGAUAGCAGAGAUUCGUAUGGCAGAGGUCGGUUUUUCCCAUUCGUUCCCGAACACCAUUUGAUUCCAGGACACGUAACGAAAGACUUUUGGUUCUGGCAGUACAUUUACUAUCCAGCCAGAGAGGGGCUUGACUGCUGCUCGGAUACGGCCGUGUCUUUUCAUUAUGUUUCUCCGAACGAAAUGUACGUGCUCGAGUAUUUGAUAUACCACCUGAAACCUUAUGGAAUCCAAAACAAUUUGCAAGGGACCGCUGCCCCGCCACCCGACCAAGAUCUGAAAGCCACACCGUGGUCAGGUCCGACUGACUGAGAGGAAAAGUGGAAGAUUACACAAAAUGCCUGUCUUACCUUUUUUUUGUACCAAGUCAAAUGUUUUUUUUUUUUUUUUUUGUGAAUUUAAAAUUGUUUUGUAUUGAGGCCAAACAUAAAUAUAUUUAUGAAAUUUUUUCGCUCAUUGUCUUGCGAGUCAAUAGGUCCAGGUGUAUGCUGGUUGUAUCUCGGCUGAUUGCUGUGCUAGUAGGGGUUCAAACUUGACGCUGGAUUUCAAAAAUUAAUGGACAUUUAUUGAUCCAGAAAAAGAUAUAGCUGUUCUUUUUCCUCGAGCUCUUGAGUACUUUGCGAAAAAAGCAAAAAAAAAACAAACAACCAACAGCGUUUGAGAAAAAUAGUUCACUUUAUCCCUGGAGAAAUACGAUGACACACAUCACCCAAAAAAAAAUUUUGGUACUCUGGAGAAAAAGAGAGAGAAAAAAAAAAAGGCCAAACAAUCAAUUAAACGUGUCGGAAAAUCGCCCAAAAAAUCCUCAUGCUCUACUUGUUCAAUGAAAUAUAUUUUUCAAAAAUCAAACACAACAGAGACGCACGCACACACAAGAUGCGGAUAUCGAAAAGGCCGACAGGAAAACCUGGAAAAGCGUACCUAUAGUUAAAGGUGAAUGAUAAUUACGGUGAAUGUUGACGUGUUUUGUUUCCUUCUUUUCAUCUUGUCAAGCCUCUCGUAUGUAAGUUGUUUUGUUUUGUUUUGUUUUUUCCGAGGGGGUGGGUGGGAAUCUAAGAUCUUAAGGUUUGUGCCUGUUUUUUCCCCCAAAAUCUUUUCAAUGGGCGGAGUAGGUGGGGGAGACGAGACAUGGAGCGGCUUUUGUAUUCGUUUCUGUCAUUGCCAUCAAUUCCCCAUUCUGUUUCUUCCGCCAUCGCCGGAGGCUAACCGUCUUAAACAGCUGCUAUUGGGUGAGGUGAUAGCACCGCUUGAGCCUGCCACAGCUUAGUCAGUCGGUAGAGUUGGCCGAGAGCGGACUCGUUCAAGUCAUCCGGUGCAUUCUCCAACUGGUUUUCGUUAGUGUGCUCCUACGUUUCACUGUAGGGAAUGUAAAUAUUUCAUCAUUCCCAUAAAAAAAAAAAUAAAAUACCUGUGGCGCUUUCGGGAUUAUUUCGUGCCAAAACCUACAAAAACAAACAAGUGUUUUCUUCUGCUUAUUUAGGCCGUGGAUUACCCCCUUUCCUUUCCUCAUCUACGACGGACGGCAAAAAGAAUUUCAGAUCAGCGUUAUAAAACAUUGCGUGCAUUCCACUCGAGCCGGUGUUGACUUGACGCUCAUCCCACAGGGAAGUGGCGACGAAUUGAUCAUCAUUUUUUCACGAGAGCAGAUCCGGUUUGAAGGCAAACAGAAGGCGGAAGUGAAAAAAAAAAAAAAAAGAUAAGGCUGUUCAAUUCCAUAAUCAGCCAUGCCGACAUCGUCCUAGAGAGAGAGAGAGAAAGAGAAUCCCCCCCCCCCAAAAAAAUAACAAUUAAACUAGCCAGAGAGUAAAAAAAUCUUUCCGAGGUGAACGUCCCAUCGCGCUCAGGUCUAACGGUUUUCGAAGAUUUUUUUUUCCUUUUUUUUUCCUUUUUUGUUGUUGUUGUUGUUGUCUUCUUCUUCUUUCCUCCAGCCGUCUUCGGUGGGAAAUCUUUCACCAUAUCGGAAUCUCGUCAAAUCGUGUAGAGCUUGCGCAACUUGUUUUACGAGCGAGAAAGAAAGGAAGGAAGAAAGAAAGAAAGAAAUAGGGAAAACAAACGGAGGUAUUUUGUCGCAUCUCAGUCAACGCACCGGCCGGAUCGAGGACGACUACAACCUACGAUUCACGUCGACUUGCCUUCUGCCACGCGUCUCGAACAAACAAGAGCUAAUUCGAGAGAAACGGAAUGCGGUCGACUUAGUGUCUUCACCAAGAUGAUUGCUUUCUUCUGGCUGGCGCUUCUCCUAGCUGCUUCACCUCUGCUGGCUAAAUCUAUAGCGCCGACGGUAGCCCGCUACCAAGAAGGUAAGGCGAGGUGAGCGAUUGCUUCGGAGUAUACGCCCUGCGGCCGAUAUUGGAACUAAAAUAAACUUGUGCAUUCGGAUAUCGUUAUUUCAGAUGGAAAUAGAAAGGAGACUACUACAAAACCCCAUGGAAUUGGAGCCGGCUGAUUAUCAUUUGAAGUUUCCCAGUUGAUGAAACAGCCUUUGUACAUGAACCAAUCGGGCACACACAAAAAACGGACAAGAAGCAUAUUGCAGUAUAAUAAUUUAUUCUUCACUUUUUUAGGAAAGUUGUUAGGAUGUGUCUGAACAAUGUUUCAAAAAAUCGCGGCGUUAAUAUUUUUCUAAAAACAUUAUAUCUUUCCUGAAACUUGCUUCCUGAAAACGAAUUUACGAAGAAAAAGGAACACGCCGGUAGAUUGACAUGGAACAUUUUCGAUGAAAGAAAUGGUUACCGUAACGAGACAUCAUCGAGAAGGACGUCAGUAAGCAUACCAGAACAUAAAUUGAAAGGGUCUGCGAUGUCCCCGCCCCGAUCAAUCCAACCAAUAUCAUCGGAAGUUAAUUUGGAUGAAGCCAAUCAAAUUGCGAUCAUCCUUUUCUUUUGUUUAACGCACAUAGUCACACCAGCGCUUAAAGCAUUUCUAUGCGACAACGGCUUACAGUUACCCGCCACUAUUGACUAUGACUUUUGACUAUGCGAAAAUGUGCCACGUUUAGGAAAGCUAUCAACGCGCGCAACGAUAUAUGUCAUCUGAAAUAUCUAUCACUAAGCGAACACUGGAAGCAGUACACCUCCGUCUGGAGGACAUUGUGUCUCAGUAUUGGCAACCCGGAGGCCGCCGUCAAAGUGCAAGUCAUCUACAACUUCUUGAUUAUGCGUGAAUAUAGAGGAGCAAUCGAGAACCAAGUUUUUCUCCUAACCAGUCAAGAUUAUAAUGUAAACGUAGGUUUUGGUCUUGGUUGCAUUUUGUUCGGCUGCCUCACCAAGUACGUGGCUCCGUCUCUGCGGAAUUUUCUAAUCGACGAGAAGAAUCAAUCUACAUCAACGGCUCUCGAUGCUUUUGAUAAUUUAAAACACGUGAUUUCAGAGCAAAAGUGUGAUUCUAAUUACCUCUCAAAGGGAGGAGAUAUCAGAAAUGAUAUUGCGCUUCUUAAGCUAUCUAUGAAGGCUAGGAAUAAUUCAUGUCAUGGAUUUUUUUCUUUAGUCUUUCAGUACUGGGAAAAUUAUUUGGAAGCCUGGAUACAGCUCAUGGAGAUAAUCAACGCUCGAACAGCAUCUGCAGAAAUGCAAGGUAUACUAGAAACUCUCAUGACUUCUAUGAACGAAAAUCAACAAAUACAUCUAGCAAACGUUCUUUCUUGGCUCACUAAUCCAGUGAUUCCGGAUAUCUUAACCGACACACUAUAAAUCCAGUUUGGUUGAUGCAACGCUUUUUGAUUUCGUGUUUAAUUUUUAAAUCGAUUUCAAUAAAAAGAAUUCACACAAA